CAAAAGCACGCGAUGUGACGAUUAACUCCUUGACAAGAUUAACAAGCUUUGAUUCUCUCUACUUAACAGUUUUCAUUUUUUUUCUAUCACCUUAAACAUUUAACUAAUAAUGAAGCAAAAAAAAAAUCUUUAAUUUUCUUCUCCAACAUUUAAUCACGUGAGAAUUGCGUUACCGAAGAAAAGUAACACUUUAUACGCCUUACGCUAAAAGCACGCGAGUUUUCUAAUCACCUUAGGCCAUUUCCUACUCACUAAUUAGCAUACAAGAUCGAUAUUUUAUUCACGUCUUGACAAUAAUGAACAUAUAAAAGUGAAAAUUACCUUUCGCUGAUGUCCGACUUGUUGGGCUCAUGUAUGAAGGGUUCUAGAGUUUCUUCACUGCUGUGUGAUAAUUGCGACAUCCCAGAAAGACUUGAAGAUGACAUUAAUUCCUUGGAUCUUUUUCCUUUUAACCUGUUGGUUGAUUCUUUCAUUUGCGCUAGCAUUUUUAACCUAAAACCAAAAAAAAGGUUAUCAAUAUACGGUUGAUUUCUUCUCCAACUGUCGAUAAAAUGAAUUAAAAAUGUUUCAUUACAUAAAUAUUUAAAUGAUUUAUGAUGAAUCUAUUUAAGAAAAACAAUGGAUCGAAGUGAAUAUCAUCAUAGUGAUGAUGGAUUGAAUCUUAUUGAAUAUAUCCCAUAAUCAAAAUGUACUUGCUAUUCUUAUUGCACACAUUUGAUCGACAUUGAUUUCCCGGUACGUAACAGCACGCUUACAUAUUGUAGGAUUGCCAGUAGCAAUCAGACAUAACUUUGUCUCUCAUUUCACUCAACAAACCGGACGGGAAUGCCAACAUGUUUUGCAUUGCAUAAUUAUUUAUAAAACUUCUGUGCAAAUUUUCAUUUACAAACUAUUCUAAGUCAACGCAAUAAAAAUUCACUUUGUCAACAGAUUUAUUUAAAUUAAUUGCAAAUGAUAAAUAGACAAUAAAAAGGUGAACGAUAUAUAGAUAAACAAAAAAAUGUCGACAUGUCACGGUCAUCGAAAUUGAAAGUAUAUGGCACGGAUAAAUAUUAUCCAUGCAUCAAUUAUUAAAAUAUUGAAGAAACAGAAUAAAUAUUAUUUUAGUUUUGACACGAAAUUUUAUUGUUGGGUGAAGAUACGAAAAAUGUAAAUAUUGAAUCAGUUCUUGGAAUGGGAACAAAACAACCAGAUUUGAUAUCAUGGUCCAAGAAACUCUGCAAGAGGACACAUGAACGUUCAACAUCAACAACAAAUGAUGAUACAAACAACAGCGAUACGUAUAUAAAGAUUGAAAAUCUUCCCAUAGAAAUUCUUCAUGAAAUCUUUUCUUAUCUCGACCCUCAAGACCUCCACGCCCUAGAAAAAGUUUCAGAAUUUUUUGGUAGAAUUGUUGGUGAGCCACUUCUGUGGAAGACUUAUGAGGUAAAAGAAAAUGACCCAGACACUUACGUGGUGCUUCAACAGCUAAAACGGAUGCCAUUACUUGAAAGAAUUACAAUUCAUCGUCGUCCUGAUUGCGAUGAUAUCCUAUGUCAAUUAUCUCGAAGUAAUCAGAAGCUCGAGAAACUUUCCAUAAUUGACUGCACGGGAUCUACUGGAAGUUUGUAUCUACGAUCAAGUCAUUUGACUCGUAUUCUAGAGAGAUGUAAACGCCUUCACACUAUUCGCAUUCUUGGAAGUCGAUUUCGCGGCAAGAAAUUCUAUUGUCUUCUUGGUAACAUGAAGGGACGAUUGAAAACACUGUCCACUCAAGCAACGUCCUCACAAUUUCGGGCUUUCACUAGACAUGCUAGUCAUUUGAAUGAGCAUGAUAAAGAAAUAAUGUGUGCUAUGUGUAAUGGGCAAAAAACGUGGGCGCCAUUGCGUUAUUUUAUGAUUGAAAAAACUGAUUCUAGACGCCCAGUAGGAUUAAGAAAAAUACGAAGAACAGUUUUGGUUAGUUACUUAGAGAGUAACUUUCUUUCUAUCAACGUAGGUGACACUGAUCGACAGAAUGACAAUGACGUUUGUAACUGUCCCUGACCUCAAAGUACUCCUUUGAAUACACCUCAACCGAUUGGAAUAAAAUUUUUUCAAUCUUCAAAAGUUAAAAGGUGGAAGUACAAUCAAAUGUGACAUGAACUCAGGUCAAAUUUUCAUUGUUCUCUUGCAGUGUUUACUCCUAUCAAGGAUUUAUUUCAAGCGUAUCAUUGAUCGUAAAGGUAUCGAGCCCAGUAUAGAAUUGUUACUAUUGGUAUUCAUUGUACAGUACAAUUAAAUAAAAAACGAUUGAUAUUUUUUUCAAUCCACUGAACAAAUAAAGCAU